ACAUUUUUUUUUCCAGUGAAACUUUAGCCAUUGCUGCUAACGCGGGACAUUUGAUUUUACAUAAUUACAAACCGAAAUUUUCCUUAAAUUCGCGACUCGCUGCCCGAAAAGACAAUAGCAUCGUAUAUUCGGCACCAUGCCCCACGGAAAUCGGUAGAAAUUCAACCCGGUAGUGCGCGGAGUGUUGUGUAACCCGUCCCUUUCCGACCUAACCUCUGACAAAUAUAAAUAUCCGCGAAAAAACUGCUAAAAUGUCUCUUUUAGCCCAUUUGGGGCCCGCCGCUCAGUAUCUGAGCAACCUGAAACAACUACUGCCCCAGAAAAUAUCGCUGUCAACCACUCAGAAGGUUAUAAUAGUCUCGGUGGGGGCUAGCAUAGUGGUUGUGGGAAGCCUUGCCAGGUAUUUACGCAGGAAAAAACAUACAAUUAAUCCUGCCAGGCUUAGGAGAAAUAAUAUUGGGGGUAAGCGGUCAAGAGCUUCUACUGUACGCAGCCCCAAUGACAUGGGUAGUAUAGCGAGCUCCGGAAGAAGGAGCAAUGCAUACAGUAACAUCUAUGGAGAAAGAUACACUAGACAAGGCUCAGCUAUCGCUAGCACCAGGGCCAGCACUAUAGAGAAAGCCUCAGUAGUGUCGAGUAGCUUAGCUAGUGGGUCUGUUACUAUAGCUGCUACCGAUGGAGGUGGAGACGAUGGGGUGCUUACACCGCAACAGCUGGGAGUUAUGGGCAUGGAAGCGCUGGAGAGUUGCAUAAGCUGCUGGGAGGACGCUUUGGCGAUUUAUAGGACGAAAGACGGUACCGGUGGACCUUUACCCAUGCUCAGUCCUGAGGAGGCAGGAUUUUGUCGAGAUCUUCAAUUGCUGUUGGAUUCUGCCUUAGAACUACAGGAAAACUCCGAGAUGCUCUUCCUAGACGAACGGUCGGUCCUAUUUAGGCCGGAAAGUUCCAGGGAACGUGAAAAUGGCCUCGACACCGACCUGUCCGGGGGCGAGAGCUUCGCUUCUGCCCAAGACCAAGUGGCCGAUCUCAAAGAAUUCGAAGAAUUCUCCGACUACUUCCCCGACCUGGAGUCCUACCCGCUUUACCAGAUGGCGCUGCGUCAACUGGAAAACGGGGGCAUCCCCUGUCGCACCUUAAGAACCGAAGUGGUGAAAUGCGGAUCGGACGGCGAAUAUUUGGCCAAAUUGCACUGUCUUAGGUUGGCAUUUCAGCAUCUGUUGAGAGACCCGGCGAACUAUUGUUGGUUCGCAGAUGCUGGUAGACAAAUUUUGGUCAAUCUGAUGUUGUACGCCGAUCGGGAUCCUAAAGAUUUUUUGAUUGCGUACGAAGAGAUCCUGCAAUUCAUCCAGGAUCCGGGCCAAUGGCGAGACCUGGAAGAGGAACUGAGCACCAGGGGCGUGAAGGCGCUCACCUUCUACGACGUGGUGCUCGACUACAUCCUGAUGGACGCGUUCGAAGACCUGGAGAGCCCCCCCUCCUCCGUAAUGGCCGUCAUCCAGAACCGGUGGCUCUCAAAAGGUUUCAAAGAAACCGCCCUCACCACCGCCGUAUGGAGCGUCCUCAAAGCGAAACGACGCCGCCUCAAGUUCCCGAACGGGUUUAUGGCGCAUUUCUACGCGAUUUCGGAACAGUUGAGCCCCCUUUUGGCCUGGGGUUUCCUCGGUUCCGACGAGUCCUUGAGGGAGACCUGUGUGUUUUUCAAGGAGCAAGUCAUGGGGUUCUUGAGCGACAUCUUUUGCUUUCAAAAGUGCCGGUUCGUUACGGUGGACGAUUUGGCCGCGGAUGUUUAUAGGAUUUUAAGGGUGCGGGUAGAAAAUGUGUGCCAAAGACUUUGUGUGCCUGCGUAAGAGACGAUAGUGUUUUAUUUAAGGGAGUUUAGUUCUUGCCAGACCUGGAUUAGUCUCUAUCUCUCUCUAUAUUUUAUCGAAGUACUGUAAGUUAUACGGAUAUUUUAAACAUUCCUUUUUAUUUAUUUUAUUACGUUUUGUAUGCUCUAAUAUUGUAGAGUUACCUAGGGUUGUCAGUAAGUCUAAAUGUAUGUAUUAAAUAUUGUGCCAGUGAAAAA